ACAGAUUGGAUACCGGAUACCCCCCACCGACCCACUGACAAAAAGCAACCACAGCGUGUCUGGAUAAUAGCACUCUCCCUUGCAAGUGUGUUUGUAACACCAACACCCAGCCUAAGGGGUCUGGCCUUUCAGUGUGGUAGUUGUUGCUUGUCGUCUUGGCUGAUUGGGCACCGAUAGGCAAGGAUUGCCCGAAGGAGAAUCACGGAACGAACUCGUCGAAAGCAACAGAAAAAACGGCCACCAUGGAGGACCGAGCGUUAGCGGAACAACUGGAGGGGCUGAUGAAUCUGCUGGCUGCAGUGGGGAUUUCUGCCGUGGACAAUCGAGAAAUGAAGAAAGCCUCGGUUGCCCUGAAGAACUACGGUAGUGGGGCUCCCAUUGUAUUUCCAUCAGACGUUCCGGAAGCUAAGCAGCUGAAUGAUGACCAAAUUGAAGCCAUGAUUCUAAAAUUGCAGCAAGCACAGGCUCAGGCACCGCAGUUAAUGGAAGCCUUGGAAGACUACGUGGGACAAAAGAAUGGUGGUACCAGUAAUCGAGGUACCAAGAAACGUACCAAGAAGAAAAAGGAGAAGAAAGGAGGUGGAACUUAUAAUCCUGCAGCGUUUGCUAGUUCUUAUCAGCAACAUACCAAACAACACUUGGCAUCAGCCGCGCAUGGAGAAGAGGUGGGAGAAGAAGAAGACGAAUACAUAGAAGAAGUUAUUGAAGAACCAGAGCCUCCUAAAAACGAUCAUGACGAUUAUGACGAAGACGAAGAAGACGAUGAUUUUGACGAAGAUGCUGAUUAUCCCAUGGUGGGACCAGGAGUUAGUGACGAUUGCUCCGUUGUGAGUGACAUGACAACUCCCACUGUGGUCAGUUCUAUUCAUGUAAAUGACGAGGAACAAUACGAAGAUAUGCUACCAUCCAUGUAUUUGGCCCAGGGUGAAAAGGGAGGACCUCCCUUGAUGAUUCAACCACCCAAACGCAAAAAUCUGGUUUCCAAAGUUGGAGCUGCAGCUGCAAAUAGGGGAGCUGUGCCGAUGCGGGUGGGGCCUGCUGGUGGUGGUGCGGGCAUGAGCGGGAGUCACCACGGCCCGGGAGGAGCCGCCGCCAAACGACGACAAACCUACCAACAAACCAUGUCAAAACUGCAUCAGAAUCCAUACGGAACCACUAUUGCCGGUCCUGCUGUCAAUCCCCUUGUGCCUGUGGAGGGGGGCGAACCAUUGGCCGGCAAUUCUGCUCAUGGUCCCGGAGAAUUCGCGUUCAAUCCACCACCAGAAGGAUGGCAGCCCUUUUCAGAUCCCAAUGGAGCACCCCCACCAGAACCAAACUUGGAUGGGAGUGGUCGAGUUAGUGCAGCUAGUAGUGGCACUGGAAAGCCAAAGAAAAAGGGCACGAAAAAAACUACAACCAAAGGAAAAGCUGCCGCGGGUGGUGCUGCCACAAAAUCUCCCAAGGCUGGGAAAAAGAAAAAGGCCGUUGGCAGCACCACCAUUGACAGAGAUGGAUUCUUGACGGCGCCACCACCCCUCGAGAAAAAGGGGAAAGACCCCAACGGCUUGUCGAAGAGCCAGCACAGCAGUGGAACGAAGAAAAAGGUUGUCAAAAAGAAGGUCGUCAAAAAGUCGGAUUCAGCUAGCGAAGGCAGACCAAAGAAAUCUCCCACAAACAAAGCCGCAAAAGAGCAGGCGAGGUAGCGGGAGCACGUGGAACUAGCUGCUUGCUAUUCUCGGCUGCGGAGACUGACGCAAUAGGAAACGCACAUGGGAGACGAAUAGAAAGGCAAAUUUGGCAUGUUUUCUAUUUAAAAGUUCACCCAUGCGGUGCAUCCAUAACGACCUAGGCACGCCGGAUCCAAGGAAGUUUUCCUCCUCCCAAUGACAAACUUCUCUUCCUUGGAUGUGAGUGCCAAAGAUUGAAUCAUUCGGUUUCCGACGUCGUAAAAAGGCUGGUUCUACACAAAACUUCACCCAACUCGAUUGAAUUCGAAAUUAGAGAUCGUGGACCCCGGGCCAAAGAGGAGCGGGGAUAAUACGCGGAAUGGUGUUGUAUAAUACUGAAUGUAAUAUCGCUUUGAUCGAUGAGGUGUUGGAGAGGAUUGGAGCCUCGGAAACGUCGCCGGAGUUGCAUGUAUGUACAGUAGAACAGUACUAGUAGGUACUCAAACUCGUGAAUGAAGGUGGUCGUCAUUUUUGUCGUCGGCGGCAGGGACUAACUACACGGUACUAUGCAUGGUACCUGGUACUAAAAGUCCUCUGUAUGUACCGUACCGGUACCGGUACCUGCACGGCUUGGUUGUAGCUGCAGGUUUUGCAUUGUUAAUAGGAACGAUGAAUCGAAUCUGUUUACCGUACUCGACGUAGCUCGGAAAGUGCUAUGCUUCUUGGAAAUCUCACUUACUUUGGCAAUAGAGAAGACGAAUCACGAGGGAAUGAUCUUUCUCCACUCUGAAACGCACGGGAACGAUCCGUUGUC